UUUUGGAGGGGAGGGGGGCGGGUAACGUUUCAGUUGUAGUCUCUUAAGCAGAUCUGAUCGUUGCUUCUGUGGUCAGAUACUAUAACUGUGAGAAGAAACCAGCAAAUAUCAAUGAAAUGGAACGGAGCGAAUUUGGCAGCACAAGCGGCAUUUGACAACUCACCAUUUUCUUGUUUGCAAGAAAUGUUUCGUUUUCCCCCAACAGUAGCAAUUUCCCGGGGACUUUAGGCGAUUGCGAUAUUUUUUUUUCAUCCUAAAGAUCGGCUUUAAAAAAAAAUCUAAUAAUACAAAAAAGCCCCCCAAAACUUCUCCACCCUUUUAUGUAAAGUAUUUGAAUUUCCUGCAACUUGAAAAGAGAAGCAAGAGCAAAGGGACGUCAAGUCGGCUUUACAAGAUGAGAAGACGCAACAACAUCUGCACUUAGUAAGGUAUUUGGAAUUAUCCCAGAUCUUGAAGAAUGGGGGCGAGUGGAGAUUUUCUGAUCUUACCGUAAAAGUGAGAUCAUCCUUUUCCCCCUCCCCCUGUGAAAAAAAAAGAGAGAGAGAGAGAGGAGGAAAAUUAUUUGCUACUGGUGUUUGCUUCACUUCUCUUAAGUAAAGAAGGCAUCUUGGGACUCAGACGAUUGUCUGUGAUUUGCUGUAGCUGUCAUUAAAUAUCUAUCAGCCACACAAAGAAAGGAGGGGGGAGAGCAAUUGGCAGCCACGAAGGUGUUUGGCAAUCGCGUCUGAUCCAUGUUCGUAAAGCACUUGAAACACCGUUAGAGUCCAUCCCCUCUUUUCUGAUGUACAUUAUUGCAACCCAGGAAUACACAAUCAAACUCGCACCGCAUCGAUUCGCCAGCGCUCGCUAAACCCAGGAUUUCACCAAUGAACUUGGACCUCCCCCGCCCCCCGCAAAAAAGUAAUCUUCAAAGGAGAGUUUGUGAGUGAGUGAGUGUGUGUGUGUGUGUGUGUGUGUGUGGCGGGAGGGGGGAUUUUUGCAAGCAAGUGCUGCCCAGUCUCCCCAGCGAAGGCGUCUCGGGGCACUGCAAAGAUUGAAAGAAUAGAAACCUAGGCAGCAUCACCAUCUCCCCGACCCUCCAGCCGGAGCUACUUCGCGAGACGUGCACAGACAGCGACGGAGAGGUGCAAAGUGGAGUUGCUCGCUGCUUGGGCUCCAGCAAGGUGUGCGCUGUGCAAGCCGGGGCGCUGGAGGUGCGUUUGCUGCGGCAGCAGCAGCCGGCCAGCUCCCCAGACCCGGGGCACGCCGCUUUGCCUGUUGCCGCCGCCGCCGCCGCUCCAGCGCCGAGCCGGGAGCCGGAGCCAGGGGCGCCGCCUGAAGCUCUGCCGACUCCCGCCAGCGACCCCCCCCUUCUUUAUGCCGUGAUCUCCGCGCCCGGCCAGGCACCGGGCGUGCGGGGCGGGGCGGACGGCGGGCGCUCCCCGGCCCUCCUGCGCGCACCCCUCGUCGGGGGGCUUCCCCGCCGCCGGCCUCUGGGGCGAUUUGUCAAACUUCCCCCUCCGCCUGCCCGCCCGCCUCCCCCUGCGUGCCGCCGCCGCCGCCGCAUGCACAGCCGCAACACCCCCCAGCCCGCCCGCCGAGCCUGGGGCCGCUCACCGGAUCUCCGGGGCUGAAGCAACUCUGCCCACCCCCGCCCCGAGGCAGCCCACCCCCUCCUGGCACCCGCGGCGGCCGCAGGAGCUCAGCAUGCCGAGGAGGAAGCAGCAAGCGCCCCGGCGCGCAGCAGCCUAUGUUUCAGAUGAACUGAAGGCCGCAGCACUGGUGGAGGAAGACAUGGAACCUGAUGAAAAUGCAAUUGAUGGGGAACCUUCAGCAAAAUACGUGUGCCCAGAAAAAGACUACAGUAAGAACUGCCAGAGCUACCAAAACUCUCCAGCUGCUGAAUUUUCCAGCCACGAAAUGGACAGUGAGUCACACAUCAGUGAGACAAGUGACCGAAUGGCAGAUUUUGAAAGCAGCUCUAUCAAAAAUGAGGAAGAGAGCAAGGAGGUGGCAAUACCGCUUGAAGAUUCUGCUGUGUCUGAUAGCUUAGAACAAAUGAAAGCCGUCUAUAAUAACUUCCUUUCCAAUUCCUACUGGUCCAAUCUCAAUUUGAAUCUCCACCAGCCGACUUCAGAAAAAAACAAUGGCAGCAGCAGCAGCAGCAGUAGCAGCAGCAGCAGUUGUGGGAGUGGUAGCUUUGACUGGCACCAGACUGCUAUGGCAAAGACACUGCAGCAAGUUUCUCAGAGCAGAAUUCUUCCCGAACCCAGUCUUUUUAGCACAGUUCAGUUGUACAGACAAAGCAGUAAGCUUUAUGGCUCUAUAUUUACUGGAGCCAGUAAAUUCCGUUGUAAAGACUGCAGUGCUGCCUAUGACACUUUAGUAGAAUUAACAGUGCACAUGAAUGAAACAGGACAUUAUCGAGAUGACAACCAUGAAACUGAUAACAAUAACCCUAAAAGAUGGUCCAAACCUCGUAAACGUUCUUUGCUUGAAAUGGAAGGGAAAGAAGAUGCCCAGAAAGUAUUAAAGUGUAUGUACUGUGGCCAUUCCUUUGAAUCUCUUCAGGACUUGAGUGUUCAUAUGAUCAAAACAAAACACUACCAAAAAGUGCCUCUGAAGGAACCUGUUACACCCGUAGCAGCAAAAAUUAUCCCAGCUACUAGGAAAAAAGCAUCACUAGAGCUUGAACUUCCAAGUUCUCCAGAUUCCACAGGUGGGACACCAAAAGCAACAAUCUCGGACACCAACGACGCGCUACAAAAGAAUGCAAAUCCUUACAUUACGCCAAAUAAUCGUUAUGGUCACCAGAAUGGUGCCAGCUACGCUUGGCAUUUUGAGGCAAGGAAAUCUCAAAUUCUCAAAUGCAUGGAGUGUGGAAGUUCCCAUGAUACUUUGCAGGAACUCACUGCCCACAUGAUGGUGACAGGACAUUUUAUAAAAGUCACCAACUCAGCCAUGAAGAAAGGGAAGCCAAUUAUAGAAGCCCCAGUGACGCCAACAAUAACAGCUCUACUAGAUGAAAAAGUACAGUCUGUGCCACUCGCAGCCACCACUUUUACAUCUCCCUCCAACACGCCUUCUAGUGUCUCCCCAAAAUUGAGUGUUGAAGUAAAAAAAGAAGUAGAUAAAGAGAGAGGGGUUGGUGAUGAUAAAAUGAAAGAGAAAGAGAAGUCAAAUGAAGAUGACGAAAAGUAUGAUAUCUCCUCAAAAUAUCAUUAUUUGACUGAAAAUGACCUGGAAGAAAGUCCUAAAGGGGGGCUAGAUAUUUUAAAGUCUUUAGAAAACACAGUAACAUCAGCUAUAAACAAAGCCCAGAAUGGUACACCAAGCUGGGGUGGCUAUCCCAGUAUUCAUGCUGCCUACCAGCUACCUAACAUGAUGAAGCUGUCAUUGGGUUCAUCGGGAAAAAGUACACCCUUAAAAUCUAUGUUUGGAAACAAUGAAAUAGUGUCACCGACUAAAAACCAGCCCCUACUGUCGCCACCAAGCAGUCAAACCUCCCCUGUGCCAAAAACGAACUUUCAUGCCAUGGAAGAAUUGGUAAAGAAAGUCACAGAGAAAGUGAUUAAAGUUGAGGAAAAAAUGAAAGAACCUGAAGGAAAACUGUCUCCAGUGAAACGUGCGACACCUUCGCCAUGCAGCAGCGAAAUCAGUGAACCCCUCAAAAUGGAUGCCUCCAACGAUGGUGGUUUUAAAAGCCAACAGAACAGCCCAGUUCCUCAGAGGGAUAGUUGCAAGGAUAGUACAGCUAUAGAACCAGUGGAAAAUGGUAAGGAGCCUGUAAAGUCAAUUGCAAGUACAUUAAGCAGCAGCACAGCUAUUAUUACAGAUCAUCCUCCUGAACAACCAUUUGUAAAUCCAUUAAGUGCACUGCAGUCUGUCAUGAAUAUUCAUCUUGGGAAAGCAGCAAAGCCAUCUUUGCCUGCUCUGGAUCCAAUGAGCAUGCUUUUUAAAAUGAGCAACAGUUUGGCAGAAAAGGCUGCGGUGGCCACCCCACCUUUGCAGUGCAAAAAAACAGACCACUUAGACCGUUAUUUUUAUCAUGUCAACAAUGACCAACCCAUAGAUUUGACGAAAGGCAAGAGUGACAAAAGCUGCUCUUUGGGUUCAGCGCUUUUGUCAUCCACAUCAACAUCUUCUGCAUCUUCUUCAUCUACAGUGACAACAGCAAAGACAUCUGCAGUCGUGUCAUUCAUGUCAAACUCGCCGCUACGCGAGAAUGCCUUGUCAGAUAUAUCUGAUAUGCUGAAGAACCUGACAGAAAGUCACACAUCAAAAUCUUCCACACCUUCCAGCAUAUCUGAGAAAUCUGACAUUGAUGGUACCACAAUAGAGGAACCAGAAGAGACUACACCAGCUCAGAAAAGGAAGGGACGUCAGUCUAACUGGAACCCUCAGCACUUGCUCAUUCUGCAGGCCCAGUUUGCAGCCAGUUUACGACAGACAUCAGAGGGAAAAUACAUAAUGUCAGACUUGAGCCCUCAAGAAAGAAUGCACAUUUCAAGGUUUACGGGACUCUCAAUGACCACAAUUAGCCACUGGCUAGCCAAUGUGAAAUACCAGCUCCGAAGGACGGGAGGAACUAAGUUCCUUAAAAAUUUGGACACUGGGCAUCCAGUGUUCUUUUGUAAUGACUGUGCUUCACAGAUCAGAACUCCUUCAACUUAUAUCAGUCAUCUUGAAUCACAUCUAGGUUUCAGGUUAAGAGAUUUGUCCAAACUGUCCAAUGAACAGAUUAACAAUCAGAUAGCACAAACAAAGUCACCAUCUGAAAAACUGGUGACAUCAUCUCCAGAGGAAGAAAUUGGAACUUCCUAUCAGUGUAAACUUUGUAACAGGACUUUUGCAAGCAAGCAUGCUGUUAAACUUCAUCUUAGUAAAACACAUGGGAAGUCACCAGAGGAUCAUCUUCUGUAUGUUUCGGAGUUAGAGAAGCAGUAGCAUUUGCUUUUGAUUAAAAUAACUGUAAUUUGCUUUGAGGAAAACUGUCAAAGACGCCUUAAAGCAACUGUUUAGUUCUUGGCACAUGUUCUUAUUUUAACUCCAGAGAGUCACUCUGGGCUGAACUGUUUUGUAUAAUUGUACAGUGUUUAAUAGAGGUGCAUAAUCAGCUGUUGUUACUGGUAAAAUAUGAAGGUUAAAAUGCAGUGGUAAGUGUUUGGAACUUUGUGUAAAUUGGAUUUAGUUGCUGUGCAUCCCUCUGAUGCAUCAAGCUGCAUGCAUUAACAGACAGUUUAAUUAAGCAUUUAUAACUAAUUCUGGUGCACUUUUUUCAUGUGACCUAAGUGUGCUGGUAUUUCUCACCCUAUAAUCUUUAGCCCUCUGAGUACUUUGAAACACUUUUGCUUUAAUUUGGUAAAAUGUAUGGAUAUGUUUUUUAAAACUCUUACCAGCUUAGUUCUAAAUUACUAAUAUGAACCUCCAUUUAUGCAGAGGUGUAUCACACCUUGAAAUUUAAAAUAUUAUUUUCACAUUGAAACAUAGAUGUAUAUAUUGUAUAGAUUUCAAAAUCUCUUACGGAAAUGUAAUUGUGAUUAAUGCCAUGUUUUUCUUCAGCAUUUUUAGUAAUGACGGUUUUUGUACCUGAUAUGCCUCAGGUAUAAGCUAUACCUAUAUAUAAUGUAUAUUUCCUUUUUUAGGUCUAAGGGUUUUUCUUUUAACAUCCAAACAUUGUAAAUUAUAUGAAAGGCACCACGAAUAGCAUUUAUAAAGUAUUCAGAAACAUUAUUCUUAAAGCAAAGUAUGAUUGUUUUGUUUUGCUAUACAGUACAUCUAUAUUGAUAGAGGUUCAUGUUUAAAUUAUACAUAUUUAUUAGUAUCGUUAUCAUUUGUUUUUAAACCAGCUGAAUAACAGAAGCCAUGGACUGCAUCCUUGGCCUGCAUUAUAACUAUUUUGCACAACAUGACUUUUAAAGGUAUUUAUUAGUAAAAGAAAAUUUAAAUAAAAUAAAAAGUGAGAGAAUUCAAAAUAAACUCAGUGCUCAAAGGGUUAAAUCUAUUUGAAAAACUUGUACUGUAUUUCCUAAACAUUGAUAAAGCCUUUAAAAUGUUUGUACUGUAAUAUUUUGCUUAAAAGUUAUGAGGCAUUCUGUGAUAUAACCUUUUACUUAUUUAUAAGCGCUAUUGGUUGUUAUUUCAUAUUGUAGAAUGCCUUUUUAUUUCAAUUGGUAACUUUCUGUUUUGUUCUGCCUAAUUAUUCUCCCAAGAUUCCAUACUGCAGCUUUAUCUUUAGGCAUAUGAAAGGUAACCCGUGGUUACCAGCACACUAAGUGAUUCUGUUCGUCUCCAUUUUUGGCAGUUAAUUUGCAGAAGUAACUGACAGCUGACACCAUAUGAGAAUCUAUGUAUAAAAUAUUGGCAUGUAAACAGCACAGACACUGUAAUGCACUCUGUGCCCUGUUUUGUUGUUGACAAUGAAGCACCAUUAUAUGACUCUUCAUAUAACCUUUUUUUCUACAGCAGCAUUAAAAUUGUCUUUUUGCUAUAAUUUUGUGUUGCAUUCACAAUUAUGUCUGAAAUGUGCUACGACUAACGAGCACAUUAAAAUUAAAUUGUAUGCUAUCUGUUUAUGACUGAAGCUUGAGUAGGUUUCUUCAUCUGCCAGGUGCUGGCAGUCAAAAGCUGCACAUAAAUCACUGGAGUUUUAGUGAACUUUAGCAUUUAAAGAGCAGGGUAGCACUUAUUCAAAGGCUGCAUUAACAAAAAUUUUCCCCAAGAAAAGAUAAAUGAAUGUUAUAACUCCACUUUAGAGAUCGGGUAAGAUUGACUGUAAAGAAGAGAGUUUAUAAGCAACAUGUGUGGCAAAGCAAAUAGGUGUUUUGCUGUGCUGUAUAUUCAGACUCAGAUAGGGAUGCUUAAAUGAAUUCCUCUUGAAUAUACAGAAUAGAGUCUGCAAGUAGUAUUGGUAGGUGCUUCAUGUCCAAAUUUUUAUUUAUUAAAAAAAACAAAAACGACACACAGCCCCAAAUAAUCUCUUUUUAAAAGUGACCAGUUACCUGCCUACUAUUAUUUCUUUUUCUGUUGUCCUCUGUAGUGUAAAGGUUGGUAUCUAUUUCUUUUAAAACAUUAGAAAUCGUUCUGUUCGUUUUAUAAAGAACACAGCUUGAAGUAAUAUGUAUUAUUAGUAAAUAGGCCCCAUAAAUAGCAAUAAUCAAGUCCAGUACUUGGAUUACGGACAAGAACUCUGGGGUGUGGGUGUUUUAAAUUUUUGUAUUGUUGUUGGUUUUUCUUUUUGUCAUUUGGCUCAACAUUUACAUCUGAUUUUAAGGUCAUUAGUGUAUUGAAGUUGAUGGUCUCAACUCAGAUCCUAAUGAACAGUCAUCUAUAUGACAAACCUGCUGCACACAAUUUUUGCUGGUUAGCUGCAUCAUCUCAACUGUAUGACCCUACCUUCUUAGAAAAGGUAACCCCUUCAGGCCAGGGCUGAGGUCUUUUUCUCUUUAGUGAAACAUCCCUUAAGGCUGUCUGUAUUUUUAAGACUAGAUUAUCUCAGUCCACAUUGUAGCCAGAAUCCCUCCUUCUGGGAACACAGAUUUUCUCCUUGAAAAUUAGAACAUCUUAAAUAGAGCAUUGGAUUUCAGAACAGAAUUUCACUAGUUGUGAGCCUGGCAGAUUAUUACAUACAUUUGCAACCCUUAUAUUUUCAAAAGGCACCAUUUGAUUGUAAGGUGGCAAUGGUAAAUAGCAUUGUGCAAAAUUUUGCUGUUUUUACAGUUUGGGGGAAGGGAAAAACAGGAGAGACAGACUCCUCAGUCCUUUUCAGUAUUUGUUUUGUUUAUUUUCAAAAUGCAGAUGGGAGGAGGUAAUGAUUGUGAACAUCAAAUACUACAUUUGCAGCCCCUCUUCAUUUGUGGUGAUAAUCAGUACCUGGGGCAAAAUAUCAUCAUAUCAAUAUGCAGUGAGGAGGAGAACUAGUAGAAAUACAGGGAGCAGCUAUAUCUAUUAGUGUGUACCACAAAUGACUUUUUCAUACAUUUUCAAAAUAUCUCUGAAACAUUGCAAAUAGCUAAUCAGGAUCUGCGUGUCCGAAAUUUAUUAAAAUAAAGUUCAGCUUGCAUCUUAGAAGCUCCAAGACUGGCAUACCAAUGUGAUUUCACAUUAUAAAGAAUUCAGAGAAUCAAUGAUCUCGUGUAAUAUCCUUUUUCCCCAUAUACUGAUAUGUAUUUUGGCGUGGUAACUCUCAGUCCUAACCAAAUCACCGGCUUCUCUCUGCUGGCACACAUUUUCCCCCCUAUUAGAUGCAGGAUUUUUAACAACAUUUGAGUCCCUAAUUUUUGCUUUGCUCCUGAUAUUUUAUCUAAUUUUAGAAAUAUGCAGAUCAAAUGUGAGAGAGAACAAAAAGCCUAAAGAAAGGGGUUUUAAAUGAAAUUGUGAUGGGGUGGAAGAGCUUUAAAUCAUAGGUGUAUAAAGGUGACCCUGGUCUAACCCCACCCAAGUAGUGGCUUGUUGCAGCAUACUGUAUAUCUUCCAGCCAUCACAUUUACGCAGUAUCUUAAAAUAACAUUUGUGAUAAAUGUGCAAUUUAACUAAUUUAUGGUGCUAUGAUGUGCUCAGGGCUACAUGCAAGAUGAAAAUCUUAAAUGGAGCUUGAACAGCUCACUUCACAACAAGAAAUCAAUAUGCCAGAUCUUAGAGAGCUGUUCUCUGGAGUCAACAUUUAGCAAAAAUAUCAGUGAAUGUAUCUUUAAGUUUUAGGCAGCAAGAAAUCUAUAAUUAACUGAAAUACUACUUUUAGGUUAGUGCAAGAAACUCUUACUGGAACCUAAAUCUCUCCAGCAUCUUCAUUAUAUUUUCUUUUGGCAUCAAAAAUUGUAGAUACGUUGUUCUAAUUAUACAGUUGCUUUCACUGUGCAAGCUACAAUGUAAUUUUCUUACCAAAGCAAGACAGAUUAGCGUUAUUUAAAAACUUAAUAUUCACACUAUUGGGAUUAUCUAUUGCAUUUUAGUAUGGCUGUUAAUAAAUGCUUAAAUGAUGUUUUGAAAAGUUAGAAACAGAUAUAUAUACAUUUCAUGGCAACAAGAGGUUUUGCUGUUUGUAUCAUGAGGUCAUUUAAAAAAUUAUACGCACACGUAAAACUGAAGCAGCUCCUUUAAUUCUGCAAGGCUUCAGUUGAAAGCUAUAUUCAACUGCAAGAGAAAAUUUAUGAAGUAUUCUAUGUAGUAUGAGGGGAAAAGAGAUGGUGGUAACAGCUAAAUUU